AUGUCCGUCCUCGCGCCUGAGCCUUCCAAGAUCCUCGGGGAGGAGGACGAGCACCGCUGCGUCCCCGAGCACGCCUUUCACUGCUUCGACACCCUCUACUGUGCCCUCACUUCUCACCAGCCCGUCGAGCCCCAGUUCGCCGAGUGGAAGUGCCCCCUCUUCGUGACUUGGAACACACGCUCGCGCCCCGGACGGCCGCUCAGGCUGCGAGGCUGCAUCGGCACCUUCGUCCCCGUCCCGCUCGCGGAGGGCCUCGCCAAGUACGCCCUCAUCAGCGCGUUCCGCGACGACCGCUUCCGGAAGAUCGAGCUCGGGGAGCUCGAGUCCCUCGAGUGCUCGGUGUCCCUCCUGACCGACUUCGAGGACGCGGACUCGUACCUCGACUGGACCGUCGGCCGCCACGGCAUCUCGAUCACCUUCCCGCACCCGGACCUGCUCCCCGUCGCGCCCUCGCCGUCGUCCGCGCCCUCGCCCCUCGGCUCGACGCCCGCGCGCACGCCGAAGCGGAGCAGCGGCGCGCCGAAGCACACCUUCAGCGCGUGCUACCUCCCGCACGUCGCGCCCGAGCAGGGCUGGGACCGCCUCGAGACGAUCGACAGCGCGAUCCGCAAGGCGGGCUGGGGCGGGCGUAUCUCCGAGGACCUCCGCCGCGCGGUCCGCGUCGUGCGCUACCAGAGCCGCGUCGUCGACGUCAGCUGGAAGGAGUACGCGCAGUGGCGGACCGCGAGCGGGGGUGCGAUGUAG